CAGGCAGCGUAAUGGAGCCGUGAGGCAUUUUGUUCGUGCUUAGAACGACACAUCUCCAUCGUUUUAUUCGUUAUAAUAAUCGCAUAAACGAUGUUUAUUUAUGUUAACAAAUUAAAUCAUCGUUAAACGUGAUUGUGAUGUGAGUGCUGUUGUAUUAAUAUAACAAUGCUGAGGCGGCCCCCCCAAAAACCAAAUAUCAAGUUAUCGAAUGAAGAAUACAAGGCAUUAUUAACGUUAUUUAUACGUUUAAAACGUUAAUCGAGGAUUUGUUGAUACGUUUUUGACGUUUAUAAUCAUUGAUAAAUCGUGUGGCCGCUGGUAACACGGCGAUUGCAACUACAGAUGAUGCUGAUCGAUUAUUAUCAGUCAAUGUUCUGAGGGGAAUUCACUGACGGAAUUACUAAACAAAUAUAUGGACAGCUAUGUAGGUACUACAAGUUCACCUACAUGUGCCUCUAGAUAAAGUCGUAAAGGUAGUGAUGGCACAACGAGGAAAACGAAUAAACAAAAACGAUAAUGACUUGGCGACUUGCCCGGGGGCAAUUAAAAGGCGCAAAUGUAGACUGGGCCCAACGGCAACGGGAGCAUCAGCUGGCUCUUCUGCCCUGGGACCGUCCGAGGAGGAGGAAACGAUGGCGUCGUCGAGUCAGGGUGCAACAGCUGGUGGUAAUGGUGCUAGCGGUGGUGCAUCAUGGACACCAAGACCCCUCAGUGAUAUCAAAAUAUCCAGUAUAUAUAAUCGCUCAGCAGCUGAAGCACCAGCUGAGUUGUUUCGAAAGGAUCUUAUAAGCGCCAUGAAACUGCCAGACAGUGAGCCACUCAGUCCUAAUGAAUACUGGGUUAUUACUGAUCAGUGGAAGCAGGAAUGGGAGAGGGGGGUACAGGUACCAGUUAAUCCGGACUCAUUACCUGAGCCCAUGGUCACUGUCACUCAAACAUCACCUCUCAAUAAGAUCCAUGGCGACUUUAAAUUGCCUAAAAAAUUCAUAAGGAUAUCACGAGACGAUUACUUCAGCUCUGACGACCAUCACCUCAGUACAACACCGACUCGAGCUGAGAAGGCGUGCGCUUAUGAUCUCGAUGAUACUGAUAUUGCAUGGCUCGAAGUACUCAACGGCGAGAGAGCUCAGGCUGGUCAACCAUCGAUCACGGAGCCCCAGCUGGAGCGUGUUAUCGAGGAGCUGGAGGUUCGUUGUUGGGAGCGGAUCCAAACAAUAGUGAAAAACGAAGAGGGCCUCGGUAUCGAGUACGACGAGAACGUAAUAUGCGACGUGUGCAGAUCACCGGACUCGGAGGAGGGUAAUGAAAUGGUAUUCUGCGACUGUUGCAAUAUCUGCGUGCAUCAGGCAUGCUACGGUAUAACGGCAAUACCCGAGGGCUCGUGGUUGUGCCGCACUUGCUCUCUAAGCCAGCGCCCUGACUGUGUACUGUGCCCAAAUAAAGGUGGUGCAAUGAAGUGCACGCGUAGUGGACAAAAGUGGGCCCACGUAUCUUGUGCCCUGUGGAUACCAGAAGUCAGUAUUGGUUGUGUGGAACGUAUGGAGCCAAUAACUAAAAUAUCCAGUAUUCCACAGAGUAGAUGGGCACUCAUAUGCGUACUGUGUCGUGAAAGAGUUGGUGCUUGCAUACAGUGCAGUAUAAAAACUUGUAAAACAGCUUAUCACGUAACAUGUGCAUUUAAGUACGGUUUGGAGAUGAAGGCUAUUAUCGAGGAUGAGAUGGCCGAUGACGGGGUGAAGUUGAGAUCGUACUGUCAAAAACACAGUAGAACAAAUACUAAGGAUAAGGUUGGGGUUGGUGGUGGUGGGGCAGGUGAUAAGGCGGGUUCUGAGGAGGAGGAGGGUGAGUCGAGGCGGCGAAAGCGCAAGGACAUGACAUCCGAGGAGAAAAAUCAGGCGAGGGCAGCUAAACUCCAGGAAAUCGAGGCUGAAUUUGAUAAGCACGUUAAUCUCAAGGACAUCACGUCCCAGCAGUUGGACGUUGAUCCUGAUGGUAUUGUUUACAUCUACAAUUACUGGAAACUCAAGAGACGAGCUGGUCAUAAUAAACCUCUCCUUGCACCUCGAUGUGGCGAACUCUCAGGUGGUGGUGCAAGGGCACAGGGACAGGCCGCUGAUCUCGAGAAGAUGCGUACCUUUGUCCAACUACGACAGGAUCUUGAACGAGUUAGGAAUCUUUGUUAUAUGGUUAAUAGGCGUGAGAAAUUAUGCAGGACGUUUCUACGAUUGCGUGAACAGACAUUUCAUAAACAGGUACUUGUUUUGUCUGGGCCACAGUUGCCGCAAGCUGUUGCAGCUGCUGUGGCCGAGGCCAAUCACGGUCCAUCGAUUUACGAUCGUUUAUACUCACAUCCCGAUGGUGAGGAUCACACUCGCGACUUUGACACCAUUAUUGCCAGGAUAGAGGGUAAGAAGUCACCAACACCGGUAUCGGGUGAUGAUAAGAAGAAUGUACAGACGGAUUUCAAUGGUGCGUCCAACAAGAAAUUGUAUUUCAAUGGAACUGUCAGGAGAAAAGGUCUGUAUACUAGUGAUUUAUCGUCAUUUAGCAGUAGUGAGACAGAUACUGCUAAACCAACUGUCAAGUCUACCAGUAAAACCAGUAGUAAAGCUAAAAUGAAGUUGGAAACUGAUUCGAGUACAGAGGAGGAGGCAAAUACCACUGCGAUAACCCCGAGGAAACCAACAAAAACCAUUGGUAGGAGAAAGCAGAAGAAGACUAGUGCACCGGACAGACCGAGACCAGCUGGAAGCAGUGAGAGUGAUAAGCAGGAUAGCACGGGGACUAGAUCGAGAACACUCCAGCACAUGGAGAAGGAGCUUGGCAGUGGUUCGGGGAGUGACAGUGAUGAAUUGUUGCCACUCAAUACGAGCACGAGGGUCGGACCUUCUGCCGCUUCUGCCAUAUACACAACUGACUCAGAUUCCCAGGAGCAUGCAACCCAGUCCGCCCCCUUCAUCUCCAAAGCAGCGGUCAAACAAUUUUCAGCUGCUGACGGUGCUAAGAACUCGAUGAAGAGUUUCAGCAAGGAUCAGAAGGAUGGGGAGGCGAGCAAUAAGGAGAAUGUUAAAUCAAAGAAGAAGGAGAAGGAGUAUAUUCCGUCAGCGUUGAUCGUCCCCCAGAGACAAGCCGCCAAGAAGGCCUCAGAGAUAAUGCAGAGGUCGCAGGGAAAGAAGGAGACACUUCAGGAACAACCCGAGUCCAUCAAAUCACCGCCUGACGAAGUCAAAGCUGCGAAGCCGAAGGAUAAACCCUCGAGGAAGCACAAGGAGGGGAAGACCUCGAAGGACUCGAAAAACAAUGACAUCUACGACUUCGAUAAGGAGUUCGGUGAUGGCAGUGAGAUACUGGCGUACGUACCACAGAGACAGGCGGCGAAAAAAGCGGCUGAGCACAUCAAGAGUGGUCUGGGUACCAAAGCACCUCCAGCAGAGGCCGAAGCAGACAGGCAGACUGAGGUAAAGUCCAAGAAGGAGUCUCCCGAGGCGAAGCCUAAGAAAGACAUCAAGAGGGACGAGUCGACGAGGAAAGAGGAAGCUCUCAAGAAAAAAUUACCAGAGAAAGCGUCUUCCAGUACGAAUAGUGAUUCAAGCUCCAGCAGUAGCUGCAGCAGCUCAUCAGAGUCGAGCAGUGAUUCGGAUGAUGGCAAGAGCAGGGCUGGAUCUACGUCACCAUCGAAGAAGAAAGCCCAGAGCUCGUCAACGUCGUCCGAGAGUGAUACCAGUAAUCAAUCGAAGAACAAAAUAACGACCAAACGUUCGGGUAAAGCUGUUAUGAGUGACGAUGCCGCGGAGGGGAUUGAUAAACGGGGGACAGGGGCUGGGCGGAAACUCAAGAAGCUGCCUGAUAAGAAGCUUAAAACUUCCGACGGGCGGCAUGGACUCGAGUUUCCACCGCCGCCUACUGAGAGAAAAGAAUCAGGUAGAGCUGUCACCAAGGAUUCAAACCAGUCGCGGCAAUCGUCAUCAACACCUACAGCUAAGAAAAACGACUCAACGAGAGCGCCAGAUGUUGCUAAUAAAAAAUCAGUGCAAUCCCAAAGUUGUGUUGACCAGGGUGUGCUCGGUGGGUCUAGAGAUAAUGAUGGGUCGAGAGGUUUAUCUGGGACCAAGUCAUCUAAAAAGACAUCACCAAGUAAGUCAGCCCAGUCGCAGCACCAGUCCACCACCAAAAAUCGUAAAGAGGAGGAUCAGUCCAGUACGAGUGGUACAGCAAGGGGAAAAUCCAGCGAGACAAGAAAGCGAAAAUCGAGUGAAGUCUCUCAGAAAGACGACAAACCUGGAAAGAAUGCAUCUACGCUCAAGAAAAAUGACAAGAGGAUAAGUGAAAAGGUUAUUGAGAAAGAACUCCCGGAGAUUAUCGAGGUGAGAUCCAAGGAGAGCGAUGAGGUGUCUCUUGACGUGGAGAAGUCCAGUAAAGCCGAGGGAACUCCUAAACAGCGUCCCGAGACGCCCAAGGAUGACAGGAAAUCGAAGAAAAUUUCCAACAAGAGUCCUAUGCAUUUGCUCCUUCUGGAGGAGGAAAUGAAGCAGCGACGGGCUGAACGGGAUAGUCCUAAGAAGUCCUCCAAGGGUCUUGACAAAUUUCUGGAGAAACGGGAGCACCUCGACAAACUUUUCAAGGCAAAGGGGGCCGAGGUGAGGCACGAGAAAGAACUGAGUGAAGAGGGCCACAAAGAUGUUCACAAGGAUGACCACAAGGAUGCCCACAAAGAGGUUCAUAAGGAUCCUCACAAGGACACUCACAAGGAUUCCCAUAAAGAUGUCCACAAAGAUGUCCACAAGGAUGUCCAUAAAGAUAUCCACAAAGAUACUCACAAGGAAAAAUCCACAAGGCUUGAGGAAAGGAGAUCACACGCUCCGGAGGGACGUAAAAACCACACCAGUGAAGAAACUCCAAAAGUCCCUGAUACUUGCGACAGUGAACAGACGGAUGAUCUUGUCGAUGUCCUGAGAAGAAAACGGGAUCACAAGGGUGAUUCAGAGUCCCGUGGAAUUCUCACGAUAGUCAUGGAGAAUCCAGCCGUCGACAAGGAGCAGGAGACGUUCCAGAAGCCCCAUACACUACCCGAGAAACAGAUGCCAGAUGUUCAAUUCGAGAAAGAGGUCCUCAAGCGACGAAAGUCAAUCAAUCGUUCCAUAUUUUCACCUCAGCAUGGACAGUGCAAAGAAUCGAUUGUCUCUGAACUAUUCGACUUUGAUCAGGAUAUUCUCAAUGAUGACAUCAACGACGAUGGUUUCAGUAUACCCAGGGAUCCAGAGGAGCGUCAGGCUCCUCUGACCUUCUCCUUCAACAAUGAGCUCUGGUUCAAGGAGGAUACUAAAGAGGACAGCGCCAGAGAAACCCUCCACCUCGUGGAGAAGCUCCGAAUGGAGCUCUCCAAGAAAUCAAACACCGGUCAAUUCGAUUCGGAGCCCCCAGCACCCGAGGAAGUGAAAAGGGACGAGCCACCCCCCGCCAAGAAGCCAUCAGAGACCCCUUCGAAGGAGCCAAAGCCCCAGGAAGUGGCAUUACCACCAGAACCCCCUCAGAAGCCUCGAGAGGUCCCCCAAAUCCCAGAAGAAAGCCACAAAAAUCACUCAAUCGAGGAAAGGCGAAAAACGUGUUAUCCAAACAACACCGAGCCCUACACACUCUACCCGAGCGAGGACCUGGCAUCCGGUAAAGUGGCGAUUGCUGAACGGGCGAAAUUGGAUAGGGCGCAGGCGGACGAAAGGUGGGUGCCUCCCAGCAUGGAGAACUUUAAUCCCAAUGACGUGCAGCAUCUCAAUCAAUUAAUGGAGAGCCAAAACCACAGAUACUCACAUGGAUUUGUCAAUGAUAUUACCUCGGUUAUGCCAGAAAACAAUACUGAUACCCUGGUGCAUCCCCAAUUAAAUCUCAACAUGCAGGAUCCAUACCAAUUGCUCCAGCAGCGACACGGAAUGGUACGAGCUCAUUUGGACCAACACCCAGAGUCAAGGCCAUUGGAGCCAUUACCAAUACCAGGAGAGGAGGAGAUGAUACCCAUGGAGAUGGUGAAUAGACAUCUGAUGGGAUUGCCCAAUACUGAGGACGACCAGAAUAGUGAGAUUGACAGGGGUCUGGAGAAGGAGGAUGCAUCGUCUGAUAUUAGACAAGACUACACUCAAAGCAGUUCUCCCUAUAACGACAUGAACAACAGCAGACAAGACACGAGGUGGGCAGAGAGUCAGGUGUUACCCUCGAGAAGAUCCACAUCCUCAUCGAUAACGUCUGCCUCCUCCACGGAGGAGCAUGCCUCCAUUCCACCGUACAAGAACAUGGCGCCUUUGCCAUUUCCCCCGGGUUCGAUGGAGGGUGCUCCCUACCAUCCUUACGCCGACACCAGUGCCUACACGGGACCAGUCUCACUCUUUCCACCUCAGUCGUGUGCAGCACCACUUCCCUAUCCCUCUCCAGGCACUGGAAUGUUCCCACCGGUGUUCGGUGCCCCCUUUCCGACGCCCCAGAGUUUACUACCUCAUGUUCCCAAACCCCUGGACGACUCUCUCAACAUGCAGGCCUCUCCCUGCACAGCAGCCUUUACCUCGUCCUCUCAUAAUAUGGCUCUAACUGCUGCCAUGGUAUCACCACCGAAAAUUCCUACUCCACCCCCUGCCCAACCCCCUCCCAUUCAUGAGCCCGCGGAGGAACACCAACAGCAGCAGCAGCAGCAGCCGACACCCGAGACGAUACAGCCCCAGGUCACCUCCUCAGUGUUGCCCAUUACUUUUGCCAACAACAUGCCCGAGGCCCAGCAAAUACCGGAGCCAGUGGUUGAGAAUGUUCAGCCAAUGGUGCCAGAUCAAAAGGCCAGUCAACCUGGCAAGAAGAGUCCCUCCAAACCCACGAGAACGUCAGCGAGAGUUGGCUCUCUCCAGGGUAAAUCGCCUGGGAAAUCCCCCAGACAAGAGCCUGCCAAGCCUCCGGCCACCAAUAGGGGACGGCCUCGAGCCCCUAAGGGCUCUCAACAGGGUUAUCGUGGACGUGGCAGGGGCAGGGGUCGAGGAAGAGGGCGAAACAGUCAGAAUGCCUCAGUUACUAUUUUACCGAGUCUCAGCAAUACCAUCCACAGCGAUGACUCCAUUCAGAACAAACUCGUGGGAACUGUCUACGAUUUUGAUUCUGACGAGGACUCGACCAACGAGACCAACAUUGCUGACCUGAAAACAAUGAGAGAGCGGAAGAAGUCGACGGAUAUCAGUGAGAAACGUGAAUCGAGUAUUUCCAAGGAGGGAAUUCAGUCGUUAUCGAGUCCAACUAUUCACAAGAAGUCUCCACCAGUCUCUGAGUACAGCAGCAUGGCAGAAGUCACUGGUGGUGCAAGCCAGGGCUUCACGGAUUCAGUGAUGCCUCUUCUACCUGGUCCCGUCGACAUGAGAACGUACAACUCAACGACUGAGGGGCAGACUUCCUCUCUUCAUUCUCAAACUUACGCCAAUCAUAUCCUCGGCUCCUUCUCAGGUGUCUCAGCAGAUCCAGCCCUACCAGACAUGGAAGAUGAACUCGUUGAUGCAUUACAUCUGAAACCAGACGCCUCAAGCUCCAAAACGAAUUUCAGUGAUCCAAGCAUGGAUAUGUCUUCGAGUGUGAGUGAUGGUAUAAAAAUGUCAUUAUCUGACUCGAGAAAUCAGUUGAAAGUCAAGAUCAAGGGUCCAUUCUUGGACGCGAAUUACGUAGCAGGAUCAUCAGUGCCUCCACUAGCUCAGCAAGCCCCAGCAAUAAUAACGCCAUCAGCAACGAGUGCCUCAGGCAUAUCGGGCACCUCGAAUCUUCGAAGAAUGAGAAAGAAGGAGCUGCUGAGACAGUACUGCUCUCAAGCAGACAUGAACACCGAGGAGUCUGGCAUUGGGAGUAUCGCGGCUGCACCAAUUAACAUUCCACCGAUCAAUAGACCCGUGAUUACAGUACCUAAAGCGAUUAAAUCAGUCGCUGUAUUCCCGACUAGAGAGGAUUACAGGGCUGUGGUAGACGCUAAUAGCACGGAGAAGAAGAGGAGGAAAGAUCGAGGUGGUGGCUUCCCAGAGGCGCCUGAAGAUGAUACAUCGGGUAGAAGAACCAUUGGUGGUACCAAUACCGAUCGACGUCGCGGCAGACAGCCCAAAACACCGGUGAGUGUUGUAAACAGUGCACCACCGAAGCUCAAAAUAAAAAUAGGCAAUAUUGGCAUCAUGGGACAGGAGAUGGGCACUGUGCAAGAAGAUAGGAGUAAGAUAAGGCCUCCCAAGAAGAGGCUCAGUAACAUACAAUCAAAACCGAGUAUUGAGGAGUUAAAGAGAGAGAGCAUGAAAUUCAGGAGAAUGAUAAUGGCUGGAUUCGAUGAUGAUGAGAUGACCCAGGAAAAGAGCAAGAAGGAUAAGAAUGGAAAGAGAAGGAAAAAGCAGAAGGGUAAAGAGGGUAGGGUGCAGAUACUGGAGGGUGGCACAUCAACGACGAAGCUCAUCAUAAGGCUGAGCAAAGGGACUGAGGGUCAUCACAAAACUCAAGAGGCAUCGGGCAGUGCUGAUAAUGAACGUGUCAGUCAGCCUGAUAAUCCAGAGGGACGAGUGGGAGGUGGAACUUCUGGAACGACUGAUACGUCGAAGAGCGAUCCCAAUUAUCCAUCAGACAAUAGUGCAAGUGAAAAACAACCGGUUGAUCAAAACACUUCUAGCACAUCGGUUGGUAAUGUUAGGUCUGCCAAGGUAACACCAAUCAGGUUAAAAUUAACGAGGUGCAAUCAGGGUUACGAGCUGCAAGCGCCAGCUGGUACCAGUGCUCAGGCAACUGAUGCAGGUGAUGCAGGUGAUAGUGUGGCUGAUACCGUUGAACAGGUUGCAACGGAUGCUGAUAAAGAUGCUGGGGAUGCAAGGUGUCAGGAGAGUGGGGAUAAAAAGACUUCCAGUGAGGACGACAUGAAACUGAUCAGUCAGACAACGACCGCGAGCCACAAUUCACCGGGUUGUCCAGCUGCAGCGCCUCUACCCCAAGGAUGCCAAGUUAGGUGAUAAUUAAUGAUAAUUGUAUAAAUACAGUAAUCAAUGGCUCUUAUUAGAUUUAUUUACUAUUAUUAGAUAAACAAAAGAGAAGAAGUUUUUAGAUAUAUAUGUAUAUAUUAUAUAUAUAUCCGAGUAAUGUAUAUAUAAUAAUAUUCAUAUAUGUAUAAUAAAUAAUGUUUCAGUGUUGGACACGUACACAAACACAAUACACAAAAGUGACUCGUUUUUAAGAGAAAACUAAAUGAGAAACGAACUUUGCUCAGUUUUAUUUUUCUUUGUUUGUGAUUAUUUUUUUUUUCUCCAUUGUUCGGUUCUAGUUUUUUUUUUUUUUUUUCAAAAUGUAAAUUAUUGAUACUAUGUGUAUAUGAUCUGAGGGGGAAAGUGAAUUGAUCACGAAGUGCCCCGACAAAUUCACCGUAAAGUUUUGUAUGUACAUUAUGUUUUUUUUUAUAUAGUCAUGGGGAAUUCGUGAUGAGUUUAGGUUGAGGUAUCACUCGGUGUGAUUUUUUAUCAUUGUUUUUGUAAUCAUUGUGCAUACUUCGGUUAUUUUUUUCUAGUGGAUUUUUUUCCGAGUCUUUCGACUUCACUUGGCAUGAUUUAAAAAUUUUGAUUGUGAAAUUGUCAAACGCUCUGUACGCGCAAUCAUGAUGUUCGAGAUCUUUUUUAACAACAUACUAAUUUAUUUGUUUGAUAGCAAUAACGAUUGAUACCUUGACCUAUUGUCAUGGGAAAUAUUGGAAUUCCUCUCUGUACAAAAUUUGAGAAACAAGAUCAAUUGAAAUCACGUUCUGGAUAAAUCACUGGUUGAAUUGUGAUUUAAAGAAAAACCCUUAGAUAUAGAAAAAAAUUAAUAAACAAAUACUAAGAGUAUAUUUCCCGAGAUUAUGGAUUUACAUCAGAGUGACUACUAAUCAAAGGAAAAGUCAAGAGUGAACAAUAUGUCUGUGUGUGAGCGAAAAAAUUUACUGUGAAAAAAAAAAGUGAUCGUUCUGAACGAGCAUUAAAAAAAAAUAGAGCAUGGAACUCAAAAGCGAAGAAUAUCUGAUGGCCAUGAAAAGAAAAAUGUAAACUCGAGUGAAGAAGAAAAAAAAUCGAAAUUUUUGUAAUGAAAUUGUCCUUUUAGCCGAGUCAUUAAAGUUAAGUUGACCUUUUUUAACAA